UCUGUACAAAAAUUCAUUUUUUCCCUUAAUAUAUAGACUCCAUUGUGAUACCUUCUUUCUUCCAAUCUCACUUUUACUUUUAUUCUCAUGGCUGGUUCUUCAGUUUCUUUACCGUUUGACUUGAAGAGAUACCAUGUCUUUUCGAGUUUCCACGGCCCAGACGUCCGUGCUGGAUUUCUCAGUCAUUUACACAGUCACUUCGAAAGCAAAGGGAUCACUACGUUCAAGGAUCAAGAGAUCGAGAGAGGCCAUACGAUCGGACCUGAGCUCGUCCAUGCGAUUAGUGAAUCUAGAGUCUCGAUUGUGGUGCUCUCGGAGAAGUACGCUUCUUCUGGCUGGUGUUUAGAUGAGUUGGUGGAAAUCUUGAAGUGCAAAGAAGCUUCGGGGCAGGCUGUGUUGACUAUUUUUUUUAAAGUUCAUCCAUCUGAUGUACGGAAACAGUCAGGAGACUUUGGAAGUACUUUCAAGAAAACAUGUCAAGGGAAAACCGAGGAAGUGAAGACGAGAUGGGGCAAAGCUUUGACUGAUGUAGCAGCCAUAGCUGGAGAACACUCUCUAAACUGGGCUAACGAAGCAGAGAUGAUCCAAAAGAUUGCUACAGAUGUUUUCAAGAAACUGAACGUUACUCCGUC